CUGCAGCAUCAGCAGGCAACUGUUGACCGACAGUUCCUCUAGGCAAGCUGACCGGUGUGGACGGUUAAUAUACCUGAACAUUCAGCAAGGAAAUAACACCAGUAGGCUGGUGACAAAAAUGAGAUAGACAGCUAAAGGGCUAAAGAAUUGGACCUGCGAGGGGAACCGAGUCGAACUGCUGUUUUGUGCGUAAACCUGUCUGGUGCAUAUUUUCUAUCUAUUUUAAUCCCGAAAAAACAAACAGACGAUAAAACGUACUACGGCUCAUAUGUCUGUAAAUUAAAACUGUCACGUCUACAACUUUCUUGCAUGCAGGGCAUGUAUCUGAGCAGGAGUCGAUCAAUCACACUGUAGGCUACUUUUCCACGUUGCGCGCCUGCUGCUGUGGUGCGGCUGCCUUCGCGGCUCUGCCGGGUCUACCCACGGUUUAGACUGUUCCAAGCCACAGUAAAUUGCACUGCCAACUGAGCCGCAGCCAUGGGUGGGAAUUUGGGGUGCCACCGCUCGAUCCCCAAAGACCCUACGGAUUUCAGUAACAGCAAGCGCAAAUUUAGCGCCGCGUGCAACUUCAGCCACAUCCUCGUGAACCAGGAGCGGUUGAAUAUCAACACCGCCACCGAGGAGGAGCUGAUGACUCUACCCGGAGUGAACCGCAUGGUAGCGCAGAAUAUCGUGCAGUAUCGGGACUGCAUUGCGGGGUUUAAAAAGGUAGAGGACUUGGCUCUCGUGAGCGGAAUUGGUGCCGGCAAACUGGAGAUCAUCAGACUGGAAAUAUGCGUCUCGAGCAGGACGAGCUCGUCCCAACACUCGCCGUCGUCUCAGCGUAAAGACUUCGAACCAUACCUGUCAUGCACAGGUAUGAACAUUAACACCGCCACACCGGCGCAGCUCAUGAGCAUCCGUGGCAUCACAGAUAAAGUAGCGAAGAACAUAGUAGAAUACAGGAUAGAAAACGGUCCGUUUAAAAGCAUCGAAGACUUGGUGAGGGUCAAUCACAUAAACUCGUCUCUAUUGGACAAAAUCCGCUUUCAAGUGUUCGUGGAGCGUUCCAGAACACCUUCCACCAAUACCAACGGGGGGUUGACAUACACCACCAAGUCUCAUCCGAGCCCCACAUCGUUCAGUCUCCGGAGUGAGGAUCUGGAUCUUCCACCUGGGGGGCCGACUCGGAUAAUGUCUGUGCGGCCCAACGUAGAGCCUCCGUCGGGGAUGCGGGAAGGGAAGGCGGUGGUCAGGGUGGCUACCUGGAACCUCCAGAACUGCUCCUGUGAAAAGGCCAACAAUCCUGGCAUCAAAGAGGUCGUGUGUAUGACACUGCUUGAAAACGACAUCAAGUUACUGGCAGUCCAAGACCUGGUAGAUCGGGAGGCCCUUGACAAGUUCUGUGUGGAACUGAACCAGGGCUCGUUGGACAGCGUGAGGAAGUGGAGAGGACCACGGGGGGUCUGGAAGAGUACCGUCUCUGAGAAACCCACUGGACUGUCCAACAAGGGAGUCAGUUAUUCUGGAUUCCUGUGGGACAGCUCUUCUGGGAUUGACCUGAAAGAUGCUUCGGUCCUGGAGAGUCCUGUCGUCAAUGGCAACGGGAAGCACCCCCACCCCCGGCCGUAUCUCGCCCACUUUUAUGUUGGAUUGUUGGAGCUGACAAUGGUCAAUGUCCACAUGAGAGCUCCGGCUAGGGCUGGGGAGUCCAACGGUAGGAACCACCACUCUGAGGAGGUUAAGGCCCAUAGACUGACCUCCAGUAUCCAGGACAUACUGAAAGGUCAGAAGGGCCUGGUGGUGUUGGGGGACUUUGGCCUGCCCCCCCAGAGCAGUGAGCUGGACCAGCUUAGGAAGGAGAGGCUGAGCCCCCUGGUGCCCCCCAACAUGUUCACCAACAUCAGCACCCGCUCCCCCCAGGGCUCCCUCUGUCUGGACAACAUCUGGGUCAGCAAGUCACUGAAGAAGAGCUACGCAGGACACUGUCUGGUGGUGCGAGAGGGCCUGACCAACCCCUGGAUACCUGACAACUGGUCGUGGGGCGGGGUGGUGUCCGACCAUUGUCCUGUCAUGGCUGAGUUCUUCGUGGAUGUGGCGCAGAAGGAGCUGAGAAACAGAGUUGCCGUGGUAGAGAGAGGAGAAAGUAUGUCGAAACACGAACGGUGACUGCCGCUCGCGGUCGCCAUGGAAAUACAGGCGCGACCGUUGUGGAGGGAGAUUGUGGCACUGUGGAUGUGAUAUCAAACUGACUUGACUUUGCCCUGGACUGGAUCCUGCUUUGGCCUGGGUUUUGCAGUGGAUCAAAGGGUGGAUUUACCUGACGAAUAUGAAUUGAAGCACCGAGAUUGCCUUUUUAGUGUCCUUUAGCAAUGUACUGUAGAGACUAUCAUGACAUUGUUUUGGAGUAAAUCAUAGAAGACAGAUACUGUGUGUGUGUUACAGACAUGAGUGUGCCAAAACAUUUUUAAAAUGUAUAUGAAAUAAAAUGACAUUAAUAGACA